CCCCCCCCCCCCCCCCUCUCUCUCUCUCUCUCUCUCUCUCUUCUUUUCAAAAGUUUCAAAAAUCAUUUCUUUUCAAAAGUAGCCUCCAAAAACAAAAAAAAAUCUUCAACAAUCUUCUCUGUUGGUCCUCCUCCGUCAUCAUCGUCGUUACCAAUCCAUCCAUCUCUCUGAAACAAAGCUCCACCGAACCCACACUUUAUCUCUCUCUAAAACCAUCACUCUUCUUCGAUCCCUUUGGGUAAGUUUUCCUGUUCUUUACCGCCCUGCACGGCCGCCAAGAGGAUGUUUCUGCCCUAAGAAUUCCAUCGGAUUGUGCGGUUGACUUGGUUGAAAGAGAAAACAGAGGAGGAGAAAGAGAAGAAGAUGAACGCAGUUGGAAGACAAAUGCAGAGAUCUGGUUCCACCGGGCAGCCGCACCACCGCCGCCAGUACUCCGACAACUUCAUCGACUCCUCCUUCAACAACAAGUGGCUUCAAUCGGCGGCUCAACAGGAUUUUCGUUUGUACGGCAACAAUGGUGGAGGUCAGGGUUCCAGAUCGGGCAGAACCGUGCAGAGGAGUGUUAAUGGAGGAGGAAACGAGGUGUUUGGAGAUCCCUCAACCCCGCCUGCUUGUUCAAGGUCGUCGAGCAUGAGGAAGACCUGGGGGGAUGAGCAAGUUUCGCCAAGUGAGCUCAGCCCUGGGUUGCUCGAUCUGCAUUCCCUUGAUACAGAGCUAUUGCCGGAGCAGCUUCCUGGUCUAUAUAACGGAUCUUCUGUUAAUCACCAUGUUCAUGGGAAAAGCUUUGAUGAUUCUGAGCCAUACAUCACAACCAGCAAAGUUAUAAAUGGUGGCUGUGGUGUACCAGAAAAUAGUCUUCUUAAAGGCUUAUUUACAGAUAAAGAGAAAGCUACAAAUGUAGCAAAGAUCAAAGUUGUGGUGCGUAAGAGGCCGCUUAACAAGAAGGAAGUAGCAAAGAAAGAAGAAGAUAUUAUAACCAUAGAUCGGAAUAUUAAUUCACUCACUGUUCAUGAAACAAAACUCAAGGUUGACCUUACUGAAUAUCUUGAGAAACAUGAAUUCGUUUUUGAUGCUGUGAUGGGUGAAGAUGUUUCCAAUGAUGAAGUGUACUCAGAGACUGUGGAACCCAUAGUCCCUAUAAUUUUUCAACGAACUAAAGCUACCUGCUUUGCUUAUGGACAAACAGGCAAUGGAAAGACUUAUACCAUGCAACCACUUCCCCUCAAGGCAUCCCAAGAUAUUUUCAGACUAAUGCAACAAUCUUAUCGGAAUCAAGGAUUUCAGUUGUUUGUCAGUUUCUUUGAGAUAUAUGGAGGGAAAGUUUUUGAUCUACUUAAUGACCGGAAAAAGCUUUGCAUGAGGGAGGACGGGAAACAGCAGGUUUGCAUAGUGGGUUUGCAAGAAUACAGAGUGUUGAAUGUAGAGACAGUCAAGGAGUUAAUUGAGAGAGGAAAUGCCACGAGAAGUACUGGCAUAACUGGGGCAAAUGAGGAAUCCUCUCGUUCGCAUGCUAUACUUCAGCUUGCCAUCAAGAGGCCAGUUGACGUAAAUGAGUCAAAACCACCUCGGGUUGUUGGCAAGCUAUCUUUUAUAGAUCUUGCUGGAAGUGAACGUGGUGCAGAUACUACUGACAAUGAUAAACUGACAAGAAUGGAAGGUGCUGAAAUUAACAAAAGUUUACUUGCUUUGAAAGAAUGCAUUAGAGCUCUUGACAAUGACCAGGGCCACAUUCCAUUCAGGGGGAGUAAGCUGACUGAGGUUCUUCGAGAUUCAUUUGUAGGUGACUCCCGCACGGUUAUGAUAUCAUGCAUUUCACCAAAUUCAGGUUCAUGCGAACAUACUCUCAACACACUAAGAUAUGCUGACAGAGUUAAGAGUCUAUCCAAGGGGAGCAGCUCCAAGAGGGAUCCUUUGUCUUCAUCCUCAAACCUUAGAAGCUCGACUGCAUUGCCCUUAUCAUCAAUUUCAUCAAGUGUGACAGCCUCUGAAGAUAGCAUGCUUGAUGUUCCUUAUGAAAGCAACAGGGUUGGAUGGCCCAAGCAAACUGAAAGGGAGUUGACUCCAUCUUUCAACAUUGAACGUGUUCCAAGUGGACGGGCGCAAGGCAAUUUCUCCUCUUCUUUGUACAGCAAUAAUUACAAGGGUCUAAGAGCUGGUGAUGACAUAACUGAAGACAAUAGUGAUUGCUUCGACUCGAGCUAUGAACAAGACAGAUCAUCAUCGAUGAUAAAUAAAAUGGCAUCAGAGGUGGAGAAUAAAACCAGGAAGACUGGGAUGCAGACAAAACCGAGGGAUGUGGCAGACUUCCAGCCCCCCAAGUUGUACACAGAUGAUGAUCUCGAUGCCUUGUUGAAGGAGGAGGAAGAUCUUGUAACUGCACAUCGGAGACAAGUAGAGGAAACCAUGCAUAUUGUUAGAGAGGAAAUGAACCUACUGGUUGAGGUUGAUCAACCGGGCAAUCAGCUGGACGACUAUGUUUCUAGACUGAACGCCAUUCUUUCUCAGAAGGCUGCAGGGAUUCUGCAACUCCAAACCCGAUUGGCCCACUUCCAGAGGCAUCUGAAAGAGUACAAUGUCUUGGUAUCUUCAUCUGGUAACUGAAGUUGCAAAGAAGCUUCCCGGCUUGUGCCAGAUUUUGUUUGAGUUCACCUGUUGCUCGGUGAAUUUUGUGGGAGAUGGGUUGUCGGAGUGAUGAACUUGCGCGAAAGAGAAACAGAAAACACAGAAAGAGAUUAUUGAAAAGAAAAGAUGGGUUGUUGGAGUGCAAUAUGAAGGUUUAUUUGCUUGUUUAUGUAUGGUUUAGUGAUCUGAUCUGAUGAUGUUGAGUCCCAAGUGUUGUGAGCUGAGAGUUGUAAGGAGAGUUUAUAUCCAUGUCUGAUCAUUUUCUUCUUGUAAGGCUUCUCCCCUCUCUGACACCAUUUCAGGUGAGUGAGUGUUAUUGAAUUGAUUCCCGGUAUCCUCUUUCCUUA